UGGUAAUUCCUCGCCGAGGGUCUGGAAUAGACUAAUCCCGUAACUCUCCUGAAUUUUUUUCAAAAUGGCGGACGGAUGCUAAGUUUUUUCGAUUGUAUGAAAUGUGAAACUGAUCGACAAGGAAAUGGCGGAAAAGUUCUAUUCUGUAGUGUUAUGUGUUCUAGCUGCUGUUCUUAUUCGUUGGUGUGUGUCGAUUAGUUCAUAUUCAGGAAAAGGGAAACCACCGAUGUUUGGAGAUUAUGAAGCGCAGAGGCACUGGAUGGAGAUAACUUACAAUCUGCCGGUUGAUGAGUGGUACACUAAUACAACUAACAAUGACUUGAUGUACUGGGGCUUGGAUUAUCCACCUCUGACUGCUUAUCACAGUUGGAUUUGUGGAUUUAUAGCCAACAAGAUAAAUCCAAACUGGGUUGCACUUAAAAAAUCCAGGGGACAUGAAAGCCUGGAACAUAAGUUGUUCAUGAGAUACACAGUCCUUAUAGCCGAUGUAUUGGUGUACAUUCCUGCAGUCUUUGUCUUUUGUUUUGUCUGCUUGGGAAGGAAACCUGCUCUGAAUAAGGUCCUGGUUACAGCUGCUAUAUUAUUUUACCCUGGUCUUAUUCUCAUCGACCAUGGUCACUUUCAAUACAAUGUGAUAAGCCUUGGUUUAGCACUGUGGGGAGUGAUUGGACUAGCUUGCGAUCAUGAUCUUCUGGGGUCAAUUGCAUUCACACUGGCUUUAAAUUACAAGCAGAUGGAGCUUUACCAUGCUCUACCUUUCUUUUUCUAUUUGUUAGGAAAAUCAUGGAAAGAAAAUUCCUGGAUUUCAAGAAUUUUCAACAUUGCUAAACUAGGGAUUGUUGUUGUGGUAACAUUCAUAUUGUGUUGGUUGCCAUUCUUGACUGGAUUACCAAUGAUUUUACAAGUUCUACACAGACUCUUUCCAUUUGCUAGAGGUAUUUUUGAGGACAAGGUGGCAAAUAUAUGGUGCUCACUUUCUGUUCUAAUUAAAGUUAAAAGAGUUCUUUCUCAAACACAGAUUAUAAAACUCAGCACGUGGUCAACACUCACUGCUUGUUUGCCUUCUUCCUUGAAUUUGUUAAAGAAUCCAACAAUAGAUCGUUUUGUUUUGGCUCUGGUGAAUUCAUCACUGGGUUUUUUCAUCUUUUCGUAUCAAGUCCAUGAGAAAUCAAUCCUGCUGGCGGCACUUCCUGUGUGCCUGUUGCUACACUACAAACCCUUUGAGUGUGUCUGGUUCUUAGUCAUCUCCACUUUCAGCAUGUGGCCAUUACUACUGAAGGAUGGUCUGUCUCUACCCUACAUUUCCUGUAUGCUGUUGUUCUAUGCCGUUGCUUAUCACGUGUUUGAUCUGGGGAGAACCAAGCCACUAAAACAAGCUUUGUUUAUUCUGUCAGUGAUGGGAGCACUGGGUCUACAUGCUGGAUCAGCUAUUGUUAAGCCUCCCAGUCAGUACCCAGACCUCUGGCCAGUGCUCAUCUCAGUCUACUCCUGUGUCCAUUUCUUAGCUUUUUUCUGUUAUUUUAAUUACAUGCAGUUUACUUUACCAUAUGCUGUAAUGUCUGUUGCAAGAAAAGAAAAGAAAUCUUAAGUGGUUUUAAAUUUAAUAUAAUCAUACGCAGAAUGUGCGUGCUGUGCUCCACUUGUAAUUUAACCAUUUUUGCUUUGUUUUCGACUGAUCGUGUUCUUCCUGAUAACAAUUUUCAAUAAAGCUUUGACUAUUGACAUUUUCUACUUAACUGAUAUAUCAGGUUUGGUGAAUAUCACUGAUUAGAAAAUUAAUACCCUUUAGAGUGUAAGUUAUUUUAUAAUAAGUUAAUAAUCCAAAAACAGAGAGAGCUGAAAUGAAGUUCAACUUUAAUGAUUAAACAAAUUAAAUCUAGUAUUCACAACUUUAUCAGAGGGUGUAAAGGUGGCAGGGGUUCAGCAACAGAGUCCAGAUCAUGAUUCAUGGUAAAGAAAUAUUUAUUUUACAUUUCAUUGUAUUAUUUGUGUUGAGUGACUUUAAUUGGUGUUGCAAAGAUCAAGGCCAAUGUCCUUGUUUGUGGGGGCUGGGACAUAGUGGAGUAUGGGACUGCAUGUCAGGGGAAAUACAGUGGAACCACUACAGCAGCUGUAAACACCCAGGAGAAACCCUGAACAAGGUGGCAACUUGGAGCUAUGACAAGUCUGCAGAGGUCUUGUCACUGAGACUCUGUUUUUGAUGACAGAUACCAAAGAGGCCUUAAGUUUCCCAUGAUGAUACAAGGAUAGAUGAUGAUACAAGGAUAGAUGAUGAUGACAACUUUAAUUAACAUCUUUUACAAACCCAGGUUGACUUUACAUCAGAAUUCCAAAAGUAACUCUCCCAAAAAAACGUGUUCAGUUUGUAAAAGCUUGUUCUUUGUUAUUUUCAUUGUUUCUUUAAAAGUUACAUUUUGAGAUUGGUACCUUCAGAGUCAUUACUUUAAGACUGUGCCAUAGAGAAUUUUGAGACUUUGCUAGCUAAAAAAUGUAAAAUUUUAUCACUACCACUGGAGGACUGAUACUUUCAGUCAUUAAUUUUUAUGAUUCAUUACUUUGCCACUUGUACCUUAAGCUCUCCAUAAUUAGAGGGUAGAAAGGAGUGGUGGGGGAGGGAGGGCAAGGUCCCAUUUCUCACAUGAAUUUUAACAAAAUUCAAGUGUCAUGUACACUUUCAACAUCAAUGUUUUCAGUCAUUCACAAAUCAUAUUCAUCUUAGUCACUUUUCUUGUGUCACACUAACUUUUUAACCUCAUCACAUGUCACACAAAUCUUUGCUAUCCUCUAAUAAUUAUGAUAAACAAAAGAAGCUCAAUUAUGAUACUGUUAUAAAAAAAACAAAACAAAACAAAAAAACAGGAAUUUGAGAACAGGAGUCGGAGAAAUUCUCAGAACAUGAGCUGCUGGCAAGUGUUUUCUGUGUUUCUUAAAUUUGUUGUUAGACAGGAGAUUUUGCGUAGAGGACAUAGCUUUACGUGCAUUACACUUUAAGUGCACAGAACAACAACACAGAUUGCUUAUGAUUUGUACUCUGAUCCAAUAUGCUAUUUCAACAAGUCAGAGUGUGUGCAGAAUGCAGUCUCUGUUAUGAAAGUGAAAUAAAUGAGUAUUUCAAAUGAAAUGUCUUGGUUGAUCUCUGAAUGGAGAAAUCAAAAGCGUUACAACAUUCAAACUGUAAAAAUUUCAAAUUUUUGCAGUUUGAAUCUUGCCCCUUUUUAAUUCUCAAAGUGACCAACAUAUUGACAGGUCAUGAGGAAAAAAAAA